GGAGCCACAAAGCGAUUUGUGGGAGUCGGAAUCAUGGCGGGCUUGGUUGACUUCCAGGACGAGGAGCAGGUGAAGUCCUUCCUGGAGAACAUGGAGGUGGAGUGUCACUACCAAUGCUACCGCGAGAAGGACCCGGAGGGUUGCUAUCGGCUGGUGGACUAUCUGGAAGGAAUCCAAAAGAAUUUUGAUGAAGCCGCAAAGGUGCUGAAGUUCAACUGUGAGAAAUACGGGCAUGGUGACAGCUGUUACAAGCUGGGGGCUUAUUACGUGACUGGCAAAGGUGGCCUGACUCAGGACCUAAAGGCUGCCUCUUCCUGCUUUCUGAUGGCCUGUGAGAAACCAGGAAAGAAGUCUGUUGAAUCCUGUCACAACGUUGGACUACUGGCGCAUGAUGGACAGGUCAAUGAGGAUGGCCAGCCUGACCUGGGGAAGGCCAGGGACUACUACAGCAGGGCCUGUGAUGGUGGCUAUGCAGCCAGCUGCUUCAACCUCAGUGCCAUGUUUCUACAGGGUGCCCCUGGCUUUCCUAAGGACAUGGGUCUGGCGUGUAAAUAUUCAAUGAAGGCCUGUGACCUGGGCCAUGUCUGGGCCUGCGCCAAUGCCAGCCGCAUGUACAAGCUGGGAGAUGGUGUUGAUAAGGACGAGGCCAAGGCUGAAGUGCUGAAAAACAGGGCCCGGCAGCUGCACAAAGAACAGCAGAAAAACGUCCAACCUCUAACAUUUGGGUAGUGCGUUGCCCAGCCCCCUUUCCAGCAACAGACGAUUCACCCUGGCAGCUCCUCUCCCACCCGAGAGGAGCCCUUGGAGGUCACUCAGUGCCAUCUGCUCCAGCUUGUCACCUGCUGGGAGUGGCUAGAGUGUUUUAGUAAAUGAUCCUUUGUGUGUACUCUGUGAAGACACCUACGUUUAUGGGGGUGUGUCUUAAUUUCUAAACUGGACCUGUGAGAGGAGUAAACGGCAGAGCCGUAGACUUUUGGGGGCUGGGGAGACAAAGAGAAGUUGGGAAACUUAGCAGCCUGGGCCUGAAAGAAUCAGCCAUCGUUAUCAUUUUAGUUGGAAGAGCUUGAAAAUUAGAAAGUAUCCUAAUUUGCAUAACAGAGGUCUUAGAACAUGGAGGCAGUCACGACUGCCGCCCUCUGCCUUACGUAACCCAGCCGUGGUGUGUGGUGUGGGCUCCUUGUCGAUGCAGUCAGACCUUUCCGCAGACUUAGAGGGAUCAGGGGCCUCGUGCUGAAGAAGGCUGAGGUGGUUACAUUAGCCUUGCUUCCCCUCCUCUCGACAAAUCUCUGCAGUUCAAAAUUAGCCUCUCGACUGGCUCUGCUCCUCCAGGGAAGACAGAUGACUCUGGAAGCAGCUCCAGCUAGGAAUUUGGGACAUGAUGACAGGAAGCUGUCCACUGAGCCUCUCCUCUCUUCUCCCCUCCCCUCCCCUCCCCUUUUCUUUUCUUUCUUUUUCAAACAGACCCUUGUGCUGCCUUCUGCUGGCCUUGCCCUAGCCCUGCCCCAGCCCCACUGGUGCUGGGGUUACAGGCACGCACCACUGUGCCAGGCAGGACUGAGUCUGUUAAACAGGCGAAUGCAGUGUUUCAGGUGCUUUUCCAUCUGCUGUGCUGCUGUUCUCCAGAUCCUGGCAGGAUGCAGUGUGUUCAUCAUGGUGUGUAUGUGUGUGUGCCCUUUUAAGAAUUUUUUCCCUUCUGUUGUAACUCUACUUGUCACCAGGGGGCGAGCUUGUCCUUUUUCUCUGAUAAUUCUACCGUUGUCUGUCACUACCCUGGUCCCCCUAUGUGGCAGUGUGGCAGCUAGCUUCCCAAGAAGACAGGCUUGCCUUUGAAGGUUGAGAGCACAGCCCCCUGCCUUCCGAAGUCCAUUCAGGAGAGAGUUUUUCCUGAGUGCAGAAACAGCUUUUAAAAGACAUCAAGUUUGUUUUCAGAAUGUCUUGAAAAUAGUAUUUGGUGUGAUUGAACACCAUAGGCCAAUGAGCAUUGGAAAGGUGCUAAUCAUGCCUGGGCAACUACAUAAAAACCACAGGAACACUUCUGCAGUGCCUGAUGACCCACGUUUAGUCCCUGAGAGCGAGCGCACAGUGGAAGUAGACAGCUGAUUCCUGCACAUUGCCCUCUAACCCACAAAGGAGUGCACACACAAUCAAUGAAUACAUGUAAUAAAACACGUGAAACAAGACAAAUGAUUUUUAAAAAGCCAUGUGUGGUGGUGCACUUUGGAGGCAGAGACAGCCUGGUGCACAUAGGAAGUUCCAGGGGUACAUAGUGAGACCCUGUCUAAAGAAGAAAAAAAAAAAAAGAAAGAAAUGGCAAAUGUAUGUGUGAGAUGCCCUCUGCAGCAUGACAGGAGGGGUGCAGACUGCACUGCACACACUGCUGUGACUAGAGGGGCCACACACCAACGCAGGAGGAAUGCAGAGUGGCAGGGACGUGCAUCACGAACUGGGACACAGUGGCACAGCCACUUGCAGAGACAGUAUUUAAAGGAAACGUACAGCAUCUUUUGGUAAUCUUGUCCCUUUAUAAUUCCCCAGGGGAAUUAGAAAUAUGCUCGUACCAAAAUGCAUGUGCAUUUUCUUAGGAGCCUGUUUAUAAUUGCCAAAACUUGGAAGCAGUGACGGUGUCCUUCAGUAAACACAAGGAUAAAUGGUACAUUCAGUGAUGGAAUAUUUACUUCAGAAAAGAAUCACAAAAGACAGAGAGGGCCCUAUUGAAUGAAAGGCCAACCAAUCCAUUCUGGAUUACAACUGGAGGAUACUGGUAUCCUCAAAAAGUGGACCCAUACUUUUGGUCUUAGAUUUGGAGACAGAGACGGGUGAUCUCUUGAGUUGGAGGCCAUUUAGGGUUAGAUAUAACAACUUUGUCAUGAAAAACC